AUGAAUUGGAGGUCAAUAUACCUUCUGUCGAUUCCUUUCCGUAUAUGGUUGGUGUUUGAGCUGUCUUAUAUUCACCCGGACGAACAUUUUCAAAGUCUGGAAGUUCUAUGCAACUACUUUUUGGGCUACUCUACUAAUCUACCUUGGGAAUUCAGCCCUGAGACCCCAAGCAGAUCAUUCGGUCCUUUACUUUUGUUAUAUGGUCCGUCUAUAAUAGCGGGCAAAUGGUUUAGCCUGCCCCCUCUAUCCAUAUACUUCAUAUGCAAGUUACAAUUAUGUCUCUUGACAGAAUUGGCGACGCAUUGGUGUCUCUACAAAUUGAUGCCAACGAAAAAGGAAAGAAUAAAGGCUGUUUAUUUAAACUCGUUGUCAUAUAUCACAUUAGUUUACCAAUCACACACAUUUUCAAACAGUGUGGAGACGUUGAUUGUCUUGCUCUGUUUGGCCAUCAUCAAUGAACUCAAAAUAGAGCACCACAUGUCCUACCCUACAAUCAUUUGGCUUGCAUUUUUGAUCACGUUUGGAGUUUUCAACAGGAUAACGUUUUUGGCUUGGCUAUUAAUACCAAGUUAUCACCUUUUGCCGUAUUUCACUUCCAACUUCAAGGCACUGAUACUGUUCACACUUUUUGGCCUGCUUUUCUCAUAUGGUUUCAUUGCAACAGACACGCUGUUGUUCAACAGUUCUCAAUGGUUAUUGACCCCAAUUAACAAUCUUCUCUAUAACUUGAACCAUGAUAAUUUGGCUGUUCACGGGCUUGAUAGUCGUCUCAAACAUGUUUUAGUCAACAUUCCUACUAUGUUGGGCCCAGGGUUGCUGUUAUUCUCCAGAAAGCAUGUCUAUAGUUUACCAUUUUUCUCUUUGGUCUCCGGAGUCUGUCUUCUGAGUGUUUUUCCCCAUCAAGAAUUAAGAUUUCUUAUGCCAGCUAUACCCCUUUUAUCUUGCUGCUUUGAUGUUCAACCAAGGUUCUCCAAGUAUCUUCUAAAGGCCUUCAUAGCAUUUAACGUCAUUAUGAGCAUCGUCAUGGGUGUGUUUCACCAAGGAGGUGUUGUUCCUGCUUUGAAUGAGUUGCACAAUAUCGGGUAUUGUCCAUCUACUACAGUCCAAGUUUGGUGGAGGACCUACAAACCUCCAUCUUAUUUUUUAGAAUUAUCUAACCAGACGGUAAGGUUCACCAACAAAGAUCAAGAUUCCAAGGACGAACUCUUAAAAGGUGAUAUAAUAGACGCGAUGGGAAUGCCCUUGGAGGAUUUAUCAGUUCUUUUAUCGAAAAUUGAUCGGCCAAUCAAGUUAGUUACUCCAGUAGGUUCAUCUUUACUAUUAGAAGGUAUGUUAAAUGAGACAUGGACUUAUUUUUAUCAUAUCGAUUUGGAUCAUCUAGAAAAUUUUGCAUUUGGGAUCGGUAUCUACGAUGUUAUCAACUGA